ACCUAUUUUGUCAUACGUCGAGAGGCUGGAAUCAGGAAGUGGGCUUGUGAUGUACUAUUUUGAUUGAGCUCGUCGCUGUUCAACUAUAUAAUUUACGUUAAAGUUAAAGUUCAAAAUGGGGCUUUUUGGAAAAACACAAGAGAAACCACCGAAGGACCUCAUCAACGAAUGGUCUCUCAAAAUCAGGAAAGAAAUGAGGGUCAUUGACAGACAGAUUCGAGAUAUUCAAAGAGAGGAGGAGAAGGUGAAGAGAUCGAUCAAAGAUGCUGCAAAGAAGGGCCAGAGAGAUGUCUGCAUCAUCCUCGCCAAAGAGAUGAUUCACUCAAAGAAAGCCAUCAACAAGCUGUACGCCUCCAAAGCUCAAAUGAACUCCGUGCUGCUCAGUAUGAAGAAUCAGUUGUCUGUAUUAAGAGUGGCUGGAGCCUUGCAGAAGAGCACAGAGGUCAUGAAGGCCAUGCACAGCCUGGUUAAAAUCCCAGAGAUCCAAGCCACCAUGAGAGAACUCUCAAAAGAGAUGAUGAAGGCUGGAAUCAUCGAGGAGAUGCUGGAGGAUACAAUGGAAGGGAUGGAUGAUGAGGAGGAAAUGGAAGAAGCAGCGGAGGCUGAGGUGGACAAGAUCCUCUUUGAGAUUACAGCCGGUGCACUUGGAAAAGCUCCCAGCAAAGUCACAGAUGCCCUGCCUGAACCAGUGCCGGUUGGAGCCACGGCAGCCUCAGAAGAGGAAGAGGAAGAAGAAGAAAAUAUCGAGGAGAUGCAGUCCCGGCUAGCAGCGCUGAGGAGCUAAAAGACCUGUGUUUUUACCCUUCAGCUCUAUAGGCAUAGACAACAUAUCUUACUUCCUCUGUAGCUUUUCUUACCCAUGAAGACACUUUGGCACAUUCAAUUUAGCACUAAAUUGAGACUUCACAUAAAAUGAACACACCUAUAUGGAUAGUGGAUAUUAAAAAUAAAAUGAACUCUAUAUGACACACAAUAAAGACCAGUGAAGUCAGAUAUUUAGUUGUUCUGUGGCAGCAGGUGGAUGACUUUUUACUUAAGCCCAUUUUAUUUCUAGAUAUUCUGACUCCACUCAUUUGAAUCUAUGCCUAUAGUUUAGCAGCUUGUCCAUGAAUCAGUUGUGCAGUGGUGUCAUAUCAGUGUUGGUCAUAAUCGUUUGGUCUCUGUUUUCGAAUUUGCAGUUUUAUCUCAAGCCUUAUUUAGGCUCAGUGAAUAGUUCUUUCCUAUAUCUGGUAAAUUGUUUUUUACUGAGUAGGUAGACAGAUUCAUGGAAGCCAUUACUUGUAAAUCUUGUACAAAUACUGAACAUAAAAAUAUAUCUGUCUGCAUUGUUAUUUUGUAAGUGAAGUUGUCGGCAAGUUCUAAAACAGGCCUUCGGAAGAAAGGAAUGGUUGUGCUCGAUAACUGACUGGCUUUUACACGCCAGGUCUUUCAGACUUCUACGAGCUGAUCGCAUUUCUGUCUUUGUUUCUGCUACUUUUGGACUUUUGUUAUGGUUUAAAUGCACAUAUAUCUUUGUAUGUUGUUAAUUAUGAGUAUUUUUUAUUAAGCCUUUGCUUUUAGAUGACUGAAAUGCUUACAGAUGUUCCCCUGAUGAUUCAAAUGGCUGACAAUUUAUGUUACAGUGUCUUCUAUGUUAUAUUUUAAUUUGAAUAUCAGCUGAAUAGUCAGUUUGCUAUAAUUACUCUUUGUGCAUUCGGACUUUAUAGUUAGUUUUGGCAUGACCAAUUAAUAUCUGCUUAUUUGGCAUAAGUUGUGCUCUCUGGAGUGACAAGUACAUAGAUUUUGUACAGAUCCAGGCACAGUAUGUUGCUGAAUGAACCAAACUGAUUGUUCCGCUUCAUUUCAGAUCUUUGCUGUUGUAGAAAAACAUUCACAUCUGCACAAAACUGUGUUUUGUAAAGUGGAAAAAUGUGUUGAUAACACUAAUAAAAAUUUUACAAGCAAAAGAAA